AUGACUUCACCUUGUGCUGUGGCACUGUUGUUGAUUGAUUUUGGUUCCCAUUCUGCAAAUUCCAAUAACAAUCAAAUAUUUCAUUCUGAAAUUAGGGACAAGGAAUUGUUAUUAAACCAAAAAUUUACUCUUCAACAAUUAGGCAAGAAGAAAUGGUUGAACAAUCGAGAUUUAGAAUAUACCAAAUUCUUCCCAAUUGAAUUUAUGAAUGACAAAUCCUUUGUAUUGAAUCAUCUCGUAAAAUAUGGAAAAGGACUGCAAUGGGCGUCCAAUGCACUCCGAAGUGAUCGGAAUUUUGUAUUGCAAGUGGUGCAACAACAAGGCUUAGAGAUUCAGUUUGCUUCCAAAGAAUUGCACAACGACCAGGAAAUAGCCUUAGCUGCCAUCAAGCAAAACCAUCGUGCCAUGAAAUAUGUUUCAUCUUCAUUGGCCAACGAUAAGGAGUUUGUUUUGAAAGCAGUACAACUGAAUGGAAAAGCUGUUCAGAAAACUCCUCUCCGAGAAGAUAGAGAAAUUGUAUUAGCUGCAGUCCAGCAAGAUGGUGAGGUGAUGAGGGAUAUAGGUGAUGACUUGGCGAGCGAUUUAGAAAUUGUUCUUGCAGCCGUCAAACAAAACAAAAAAGCAUUACGUUAUGCACAUAACAUGCUUUUUGAAGAUCCAGAAAGUGCAUUGACCAUCCUCCGAGUCGUGUUUCCAGACCUAGACUCGGUGGAUUAUUCGAACAAAACAAUCAUGCUUCCACUUGUGAAAGAAUUUGGCUUUAUAUUGCAAUUCGUAUCUGAUGAACUAAAGAACGAUAGAGAGCUAGUGCUGAAUGCUGUCACAAGUGAUGGUUUGUCCAUUGAGUGUGCAUCUGAUGCUUUGCAGAACGACAGGGAUAUUGCACUGGCUGCGUUUCGACAAGAUGCCUCUGUAUUUCAAAUUCUGUCAGAAGAAUUGAUAAAUGACAAAGAGAUCGCUUUACAUGCAGUUAAGGAGAGUGGAAGUUUGUUACCAUACGCCUCAGUCACAUUACAGGGAGACAAAGAAGUUGUGCUAGCUGCUGUCAGUCAAUAUGGUUUUGCUCUUGAAUUUGCAUCGACUGAAAUGAAGAAUGACAAAGAAGUAGUAUUGGCAGCUAUACGAGAACAGGGCUAUGCUCUUAACUAUGCAUCAGAUGAAUUAAAGAAUGAUAAAGAAGUAGUAUUAAAUGCAAUACGACAAAGAGGAGAUGCUCUCGCAAUGGCAUCCAAUGAAAUGGAAAGAGAUUUGAAAACUGCGUUGGAAUCUAUCAUAUUCGAUUCUCAAACUCUGUUUGCUGCAACCGAGUUGUUGCAAAAAGACUUCUUGUUGCAAGCUGCCAAACAUGGAUGUGAAGCAGUAUUAAGUUGCGCAACAAAAGAAUUGGCAAGGGACAAAGAGUUCGUGUUGGAAGUGGUCAAACACAACGGACUUGCAAUUGCACAUGCAGACAAAGAAUUUCAACGAGACAACGAAAUCAUUUUGCAAGCCGUGAGAAACAAUGGAUAUGCAUUGAAACUUGUAAGCAAGGGAUCGAAUACUUAUGCAGACCUUUGGAUGGAAGCAGUGAAAUGUAAUGGAUUUGCUUUCGAUUAUAGUAAUGAGUUGUUUCAAGUACGAAUGGAACACUGUUAUUUUGGUGCGUAUUUGGGAGGAUCCUCUUCAUGA